ACAUAAAAGAAAACAACAAUGAAAAUAUCGAAAAUAUUUUGAAAGAUAUCGGGCUACUUUGCAUAGUUUGGUGCAUCAAUGAAUAGAUCUUGCAAGGAAUGACAUACUCUUGUUACAACAGAACUAUAUGAAUAUCCAGGCGGAUGAAGAAUUAAAAGUGUUGCUAUUUCGAGCUGUUACUCAUAAAGAAGCCGAUAUUCUGUACUGAGAUGAUUCUGACCUCACAAAUACGCGCCGUUUUGAGAGCAUGCAUACACUUAACAGGACAAGGUGUCCUAAAGCUAAACGCUACCCAGUGCUGCCAGCUCCUUGAAGAAUGUCUACUUAUGGCCCAUUAUGCUGAUGACAAGACUGCCAUUAUGCAGAUUUUCGUAACGACCAAAAAGCUUGGUUUAAUGUCCAAACAAAAAGGUUUAACGUCCAAACAAAAAACAUGCUUCACGGAUGCUGUAAACUAUCAAAAGUUAUCCCUAAGAUCUGCAACUGUAAUAGGUGACCCUCGCGCUAUAAUGGAGUCUUAUGGUAAUCUUGGGAACGCUUAUAUGCUCAACAAGCAGUUAGAAGACGCCCGUCACUGUAUUGAAAAGGCUAGGGACAUAGCGGUUAAGAAUGGCAAUAAAGAAGCUGAAGCAUUGUGUCUUACUAAUUUAGGGACACUUUUAAACCACUAUCUUGGUGAACAUGAUGAAUCUAUCGAGUGUUUCAAGAAGUCUCUCAUACUUGCGAAAGAGGUGCAAAGUCUCAACACCCAGACACUUGCCUAUCGAAAUUUAGCAGUAGCCUACAAAGGAAAGAAAGAAAUGGAUGAAGCCAUCAAGUGCUACCAAGAAUGUCUAAAGAUCUCACCCGAAGAAGACAUUAAAGAUACUUUCGAAGAUUAUGAAAACAUUGGAAACUGCUAUUUGUACUUAAAGAARCCAGACAAAGCCCUUGAAUAUUUUAAGAAGUCAUUGAAUGUAGCAAGGAUGAUUAAAGAUUUGAAAUAUCUGAGAUCUGUAUAUCUUAACAUGGCAAAAGCUAACGACGGAAUGAAWUCAAACGACGAAACAAUMAAUUGUURUCUAGAAUAUUUGAAAAUGGCUCCRGAGAAUKGCGACCCAGAAAAGUUUACAGUCUACCWAAACCUUGCAYGUGUCUACAAUACUACAGGGAAUCCCAAGAAAGCAAUGAGUUAUUUCGAGAAGUCCAGAGAAYUGGCAAUACAGCUGGGCGAUAAGAACAUGGAAUUARMAGCUUCUACAGGGCUGGSAAAGGCUUAUCUGUCCCAGGGAAAACUCCAAGAAGCCUUAGAGCUGAGUAUAAACGAUUUGCAACUUGCAAAGGAAUUAGAAGCAGAAAAAGGUAUUUUUGUCAACCUUGCUGUGGCGUAUGAGAAACUUGGCAAUUACACCAAAGCCAUUGAAUAUUCCGAGGAGGCUCUUCRUAUWUCUGAGAAAAMRGRUGACAAARMCAUCCARUCAKYRGCUUGCGGYAMUYURGGCAAURUUUAUGGRWWUCAAGGMGAUUAUCACAAAGAACUAAUUACAAGAAUCUUGGAAACUAUUAYGAAGCCAUCAARUGGMAWGRAAAARCUUUGGAAAUUUGCAUCGACAUUGGAGAURUMAGGGGUGARKCARUAG